CUCACUUCUGCAGAGUCAAAAUGCUCGGACAAAGCAUUAGCCUGGCGAUCCUGCUGUGCUUUGUCUCCACAUCGUUUGAAAACGGCACAUUCGAAGGUAAUUCGACUGUCACUGUAUUCAGCGAUGGAAAAUCUUUGGAAAAUGGAUUUUUUAAUGAUGGAAAACUCAAUGAGACCAAAGUGGAGGAGACAGCAGAAGAGAGGGUGAGGGUCCCUGAGCUUCCUGAGAAGAAAGAAGAGACAAGAAAAUCCGACUGUCCGCCAGUGGGGCUGGAGUCUCUGCGGGUGUCUGAUUACCAGCUGCAGGCAUCCUCAUCGCUGAGAAGUGGGUUAGGCCCCCACCGAGCACGCCUCAACAUACAGUCAGGUAUAGAGGAUGGAGAUGAAUAUGAUGGAGCGUGGUGUGCUGGUCUAGAAGAUCAUGAGCAAUGGCUGCAGCUGGACGCUCUAAAGCCUACUCUCUUCACCGGGGUCAUUCUGCAGGGCAGGAACUCCAUCUGGAGCUUGGACUGGGUUAGUACAUAUAAGGUGCAGUUCAGUAAUGACACGGAGACUUGGAGCCCCUGCAUGAACGGAUCACAAGAAGUGGUAUUUGUGGGGAGUCAGGACCAAGAGACCCCUGUGCUGGCUCUGUUCCCUGAGCCCACAGUAGCUCAGUUUAUCCGCAUCAACCCACAGAGCUGGUUCAGCAACGGCACGAUCUGCCUUAGGGCUGAAAUUCUCGGCUGCCCCAUGCCAGAUCCUGACCACCAGUACCCCGUGGAGCCUGAGAGGGUUACUACAGACAAAUUAGACUUCAGACACCAUAAUUACAAUGAAAUGAGAAAGUUAAUGAAGGCAGUCAGUGACGAGUGUCCUAAGAUUACCCGUAUCUACACUAUUGGAAAGAGUUACACUGGACUUAAGCUCUACGUCAUGGAAAUUUCAGAUAAUCCUGGAAAACAUGAACUGGGUGAGCCAGAGUUCCGCUACGUAGCUGGGAUGCAUGGAAAUGAGGCUUUGGGUCGGGAGCUGCUGUUAAAUCUUAUGCAAUACAUCUGCCACGAGUACAAACGAGGCAACCAGAGAAUAGUUCAGCUGGUGAAAGACACGCGGAUCCACCUCUUGCCAUCCAUGAACCCUGAUGGAUAUGAAGCAGCAUAUCAGAAGGGUUCCGAGCUUUCUGGCUGGGCUUUGGGUCGCUACAGCUUUGAGGGCAUUGACCUGAACCAUAACUUCCCUGACCUCAACAACAUCAUGUGGGAUGCUCAGGACCUGGCAACAGACAAGAAGAAAGUCAGCAAUCACUACAUCCCCAUACCAGAGUACUACACCACAACUGAAGCCACUGUUGCGCCAGAAACCCGGGCCGUAAUAAACUGGAUGCAGGAUAUUCCGUUUGUCCUGAGUGCUAAUUUCCAUGGAGGAGAGCUGGUGGUCACUUAUCCAUUUGACUGUACGCGGGACUGGAUCCCCCGUCAGGACACGCCUACUGCUGAUAAUGACUUCUUUCGCUGGCUGGCAGCUGUCUAUGCUUCCACCAAUCUGGCAAUGGCAAACCCAGAUCGCAGAAUAUGCCAUUAUGAGGAUUUUCAGCAGCACAACAACAUCAUCAAUGGAGCUGACUGGCACACUGUCCCAGGAAGUAUGAAUGACUUCAGUUACCUACAUACUAACUGUUUUGAGGUGACUGUAGAGUUGUCAUGUGACAAGUUCCCUCAUGCCAGCGAGCUUCCUGUUGAAUGGGAGAACAACAAGGAAUCUCUUCUUCUCUACAUGGAGCAGGUGCAUAGAGGUCUAAAAGGUGUGAUCAGAGAUAAAGACACUAAAGAAGGCAUUGCAAAUGCCAUCAUUAAAGUCACAGGGAUGGACCAUGACAUCAGAUCAGCUGCUGAUGGUGAUUACUGGCGCCUGCUGAAUCCAGGUGAGUACAGGGUGAUUGUGUGGGCAGAGGGCUACUUCCCUCUGGUCCGCCGCUGCUCUGUGGGCUCAGAUCUGACGCCCACCAUCUGCGACUUCAGCCUCACCAAGACACCACGUGAACGCAUCAAGCAGAUCCUGGCCAAAGGGGGGAAGCUUCCACGGGAUGAGCAGCUCCGCCUUCGUGCUCUACGAAUGCGUAAACUCCGGGUCAGCACCAAGAUCCUGAACCGCCGUCGUGAACAGCAGCAACGUCGUGCCAAAGCCAAGAGAAAGUGACUGACACAUUGAUGCUGAUGGCAAAGAGACCAGGAGCCAGGCACUGCUUACAAAGAAUGGGGAAAGGCUUAAAUAGAUGGAACCAAGAAAGGUGGGAAUGAAGGUUUUUUGACUUCAAGUCUUCUGUACAGAUGCACUGCAGUUAGUUCUGAACUCGGGACACUGUUACUUCUUACUUCUCCCUGACUUAGCUGGUGAUAUUUCUUAAGGGCCAACAAUUUUUGAAUUGAACCCAGCAAAAGGGACACACUGAUGAAUGAUUACCUUACUCAAACCACCUGGUCUUCAGAGUUAAAUCUGCCCAUCCCUGCACAGCACAAAAGGUCUACCUGUGACCAGCUUUUAGACACUGAAUGUAUUUACUGCCAAUGCAUGUCUACAACUGACUCCUAUUGGAGCUCACCAGUGAGAAUCUGAGGGUGUAGCUGGUUUUCUACACUCCAAACAUUUUUGCAUCACCAAUAUGUAACUAAAUGAAUUUUUGUAUCAUAUACUCUAAUGACAAAUAAAACUUUGUCUUAUUCGUCGGCUUUA